AUGUCUUCUCCCACCUGGCAAGACCGCCGCUUCAUGUUCCCCGUGGGCAAGGAAGUCCACCAAGGCUCCACCCGCCGCAUGUCGGGUUCCUCUGCCUCGUCCGCUACCGCCGCCGCCGAAUCCCCCGUCCUGACGAAUGCUGUCCCUGCCGCCGGGACGGACGCCACGCCCGCUCUCCCCGAGUACCCGCUCGUGGAGAAGAAGGUGCUCUCCAACCCGGAUGCCUGGGGCGGAGACAGACGCUUCAUGGGCAGAGCCGGGAAAGAGGUGCACCAACCGGCCAGGAGACCCAGCGGCUCGAGCGCCACGAAGCCCGAGGUCGUGCCCAAGAGCAGCUCGCCGCCCGCGACCAGCACGGGAGGGGGCAUCGCCGCAGCCAUUGCGGGCAGGAGACGCUCUUCCGCCUCUCAGGGCGGCGUCUUUUCCGGCCUCAUGGCGAACCGAAGCAGCCACGAAGAGCGUCGGCAGUCGUGGGACGACAUGAAACAACCGGGAGGGUCGUUCGGGGGCUUCCUCUCGAAUCUGGUGUCGUCAAAGCCUGCUGAGAAGAAGUAA